AUGACUCGUCCCUACAGAUUCCUCUCUUCAAUCGCUAAAUCUUCUUCAUCUUUCGAUCCGACAGUGGCGGAACCGCCGGAGGCAGUCGCCGUUGAGUCCGAUUUCGUUGUCAUCCUCGCCGCCCUCCUCUGCGCUCUGAUAUGUGUUCUAGGCCUUUUCGCAGUAGCUCGCUGCGCUUGGCUCCGUCGUGGAUCCACCUCCAACGCCGGCAGGAAUACCAGCCAGCAGACUCCGAAUAAAGGAAUUAAGAAGAAAAUAGUUGAUGCGCUCCCGAAGUUCGUUUACGAUGGCGGAAACGCUCUGAAGUUAUCAUCCGGAGAUUGUGCUAUCUGUUUGGCGGAGUACACCGACGGAGACGAGAUCCGUGUUCUACCGCAGUGUGGACAUGGAUUUCAUGUCGAAUGUAUUGAUAUGUGGCUCGGUUCGCAUUCCUCAUGUCCGUCCUGCAGACAGAUCCUGGUGAUCACGAGGUGCCGGAAGUGUGGCGAGUUUCCGACGGUUUCCGGCGGACAAAUUUCGUCGGAGGAGGAACAUAAAGCUCAACUGUCCGAAGCUCCGCCUCCGUGA